AUGGAUAACGACAAUGUGGGGCAUGUCACUAUCAUUGUUCUUGUCUACAAAAAAAUUAUUUUUGGGCUUAUGUUAUCCACCUCAGAAGAGUUUGAGCUUCACUCUCAUGGUGACUACCCCAGCUUUCUAGAUUUUAAGGAGAGAUCCAUUCCCCUCUCACUGGUAACUACACAUUCUGCUAAAAAUGAGUAA